AUGGCCCAUACAUCGUCUGCGCCGUUGUCAUCAUCAAAGCCCAAGCAACAAGCCAGGCCAGCCGCCGAAGAAUGCGCCAAAGUCUCUUCCAAACUCAGCAGCCUCAGCCUAAGCGAUACGCAGAAAGAAAGAGAGAAAGAAAAGAAUGGACAGCAAGCUCACCGGCUAUGGGCGGAUGGGGAGGAGGAGCAUCCGGAAGGAUGCAUGUGCUGGAGCGUCGAAGCGCAGUAUCCUCCGAAGGGACAUAAGCACCCCUGA